CUGUAAAAUAGUCCGGUUGGUCAGCUGUCUGUCGCCGCUUCAUACGGGAACUCUUUGCUGUUCUCUUUCUAUAAACUAUUUUAUCACUUUUCCCUUAUAUUAUUAUUAUCAUUAUUCGUAAAACAGUCAUGUCUCGGUUACUGUGUUUAUCACGGGCUCUCAUAUGCCCAAAAUGUAAAUAUAGUGUUCAGAAAUCCGAGCCCUUUGUGUCAUUGUUGACAUCCAGAGUGAAGUUCAAAGAUCAGCUGAUGAAGAGAUUGAUUUCAACGCGCAGAAGACCUGUCAUCCCGUCCUACAGCACCCGACACACGGCCUUAUGGAUGUUCGGCGUCGGGACGGGGUUUGUUCUGGCUCUGGGCUUGAAGUAUCGAGAUUCUGCCUCUGAACACUGUGAAUGUAGCGUACAGAAGACAGACGGAGCUCAGAAGUACAGAGCUGCUGUUGAAGCCAGCAGAGACCUGCUGCGGCGGAUAAAGGUACAGGAUGAAGUUGGAGCUCCUGGGAUGGUUAUUGGAGUCUCAGUGGAUGGCAGCCACGUUUGGUGUGAAGGCAUUGGCUAUGCAGAUCUGGAGAACAGAGUGCCUUGUGGUCCCGACACUGUGAUGAGAAUCGCCAGCAUCAGUAAACCUCUGACCGCAGCGGCCGUCGCCAGACUCUGGGAGGAGGGCAAGAUUGAUCUAGAUGCCCCCGUCCAAAAAUACGUCCCUGAGUUCCCACAGAAGCAAUUCGAAGGAGAGAAUGUCACAAUAACACCUCGGAUGCUCCUGUCUCACUUGAGUGGCAUCCGUCACUAUGAAAAAGAUGCCAAAAAAGUGAGAGAGGACAAGGAGAAAGCAAAGCGCCUUCUGAAGCCCCCGGAGAAGAAAGAAGAGAAGGGCUCAGCUGAAAACAAAGAGAAGCCGAAAGCGGAGGACAACAACGCUAAAAGCAAAAAGAAAAAGAAAGAGUUUGAGCAGGAGGAGUACUACCUCAAAGACAACUUUGAGAAUGUCAUCCAGGCUUUGGACUUGUUCAAAGACGAUCCUCUGAUAUUUAAACCAGGUUCUACAUUCCUGUAUUCCACGCAUGCUUUCACCCUGCUGAGUGCCGUGGUGGAGAGAGCAGCAAAUCAGCGCUUCCUCGACCACAUGAUGAAGAUGUUUCGUGAGCUGGGCAUGCUUAACACCUUACCAGACGAAAACGACCCAAUCAUAUACAACCGCUCGAGAUUCUACCACUUAAACAAAAAGGGCCGUGUUGUGAACUGCCCCUAUGUGGACAAUUCGUACAAAUGGGCUGGAGGUGGAUUUCUCUCCACUGUGAGUGACCUUCUGGUCUUCGGUAACGCUCUGCUUUACAGCUAUCAGAUGGCCGAACUGAAGAACACAGACGGGCUGCUUCCUGGCUUCCUCAAACCCCACACAGCCAAAGCCAUAUGGGCACCGGUGGACAAAACAGAGGCAUCGUGGGACAAAGACGGACUGUACGCCCAGGGCUGGCUGGUCGUGGAGAAACAGCAGAAAUACGGGCAGUGCCGCAACCGCAGACAUUACGUCUCGCACACAGGGGGCGCUGUGGGGGCGAGUAGCGUCCUGCUGGUGUUGCCCAGAGAGAGCGAGCAGCCCACCAAUCAGAAGCUGCUUCCUCCACAGGGGGUGGUGGUGACCAUCAUCACUAACAUGCAGUCAGUGGGGCUCAAUACCACCGCGCUCAAGAUUGCACAAACAUUUGACAAGGCCAGGGACGAAGAUAUCGCGUCUGCUUGAUGGCACUGUUACUUUUGUAGUCCUUUUGAGAUAUUUGUGGUGAACAUCAGGAUGCUUCUUUGUUUACAAUUCUGAGGUGUGUCCAUGCUUCAGUUUUAAUUGAACAUUUGUGCCAAGUGCUCAUUUUGAUAGCUUUUAUACAUAUGUGAACUGUCUUAUAUGCUGAAUGAAUAAAAAAGUAUUAUAGAAACCUUUA